AUGAUAUCUCCAAUUGUCAGAAGAGGAAUUUUGCAGAGUUCAAAACAUGCAAGAUCAUUCAGUUCCAGCCGAAUGCUUUCGGCACAAGAGGUCAAAAGCCUUGGUGUUAUCGGCGCUGGCCAGAUGGGACUGGGAAUAGCAUUAGUAGCAGCACAGAGAGCUGGUGUUCCAGUCACUCUCGUCGACACAAAUCAAGCUUCUCUUGAUAAGGGUCUCGCAUUUGCUGAUAAACUCCUGGCCAAAGAUGUAACCAAGCAGCGCAUAACUCAAGAACAAUCUGACAGUAUCCGCUCCCUUCUCAUCCCAACCACAAAGAUGGAUGAUCUUUCCUCGGCAGACUUUGUAAUUGAAGCCGUGCCUGAGAUUCCCUCUUUGAAAUUCUCAAUCUUCAGUUCCCUAGCCCAAAUCUGCCCUCCUCAUGCCAUCUUGGCUACGAACACAUCUUCCAUAUCCAUUACACGAAUUGCCGCAUCAACUACUAAAGAUCCUAAAGACACCAGCGCUUCCUCUCGGGUAGUUUCAACACAUUUUAUGAAUCCAGUCCCCAUUCAAAAGGGUGUUGAGAUUAUCACUGGAUUACAGACAAGUCAAGAUACAUUGGAUGCAGCCAUUGAAUUCUGCAAACGAAUGGGCAAAAUCCCAUCUACUUCAGCAGAUUCCCCAGGAUUUUUGGCAAACCGGAUUUUGAUGCCUUAUAUCAAUGAAGCCAUAAUUUGCUUGGAGACUGGUGUUGGUAAAAGAGAUGAUAUCGAUGCGAUAAUGAAGAACGGAACCAAUGUUCCCAUGGGGCCAUUGCAAUUGGCGGACUUCAUUGGUAUUGAUACCUGCUUAGCAAUUAUGAAAGUAUUAUACGAGGAGACAGGAGAUAGCAAGUAUAGACCUAGUGUACUACUGGGGAAAAUGGUAGAUGCGGGAUGGUUGGGCAAGAAAAGUGGAAAGGGGUGA